AUGGAAGAGGUAUUAAAUAACAUUGAAGAUACCUCAUAUACAGAAAAUGCUCCUAUUGCAAGGGCCGAUGUCGUAGAAUGGAAACCAGGAACAGGUAUGAAGUUUGAAACUGAGGAAGUGGCAUAUGAUUUCUAUAAUUUAUAUGCCGGUCGAGUCGAUUUUAGCAUCCAUAAAGAGUAUUUUAAUAAGAGCAAGAAGAUUGGUAAACUAUCAUCGAGAAUGUUAACAUGCUGCAAGGAGGGUUUCAGGGUUGACGACAUAUGCCACAACCAUCCAUUGAUGAUUGAUGAAGGCAUGCACAUGCUGUCGUCCCAGCGCAGAAUUACCCGCGUUCAGGCCAAUGAUUUGGAAUUGGCUUCUGAUUCAGGAAUAACCCCUCGCAAUUCAUAUGAGUUAUUGGGAAGGCAAGCUGAUUCAAAAAUGAUAGUUGAUUAUUGCAAUUUUGGAGAUGUUGUAAGUUUUGACACAACAUACAAAGUUAUACAUGGCAACCAUCCAUUUAGAAGUUUCUUGGGGUUGAAUUAUCACUGGGACAUCGCUGUGUUUGGAGCAACGUUCAUGUAUAAGGAGACUGCAGAUUCGUUUCUUUGGUUAUUUCAAACAUUUUUGAAAGCAAUGUCUGAUAAAGCGUCAAAGACGAUCUUCACUGAUCAAGAUACUGCAAUGGGAAAGGUAUUGACGCAGGCAUACUUAUCCAGGCAACUGAUUCUUCCAGAUUUCUUCACACACUUUGAAAGGCUAUUAUCUGACAAGCGUUACAAGGAGUAUGUAGCCGAGUAUGGGUUGCUCCACAAUCUACCUUAA